GGAGGAGGCGCCCGGCUUUUGCCUACGUUGCUGGUCCAUACAGUGGGCGUGGAUGUGCUCACAUCUGGCCACUAUGCUUCCAGCUGUGCUCACGAUGCCGACUUACCGUGUCGUGCUGCUGUUCUGCCUGGCGUGGCACAUGCUGCCGGGGGCACAGGGCUACAAGAAGCGAGGACCUACAGUGACUGCCAAGGUAUGCCAUCCCUCUGCCCACCCAGCGAGGGCUGCCCUGUGCCAUAUAACGCCCAGCCGCCGCUAUUUAACCUCCUAGCUGCCCUCCCGCACUCUUCCAGAGUGAAGGUCGGUGUUUGAAACACUUUUCUCGCCCGAGGAGUUUCAGUCUGUACAGUUAACCACUGCUAUGCCCGCCUGGUAUGGUCCAGAGCUCAGUAUUUACACAGUGCCUGUUUAUGGCACACUAUGGGCAAUCCAUAGCCCUCUUACUGAACAGGGUGAAUACUUACUAAUGAGGGCACCAUAAUCACUGCAGCAACUUGUAGUGAUUAUGACGUUUGGAAUGUUCCUUUAACUAUGUCCGUUCCAUCAGAAUCUGUCUCGUAUUCCAUCACAGCAUGGACAGUAGUGCAAGGAGCCAAUACAAACAUCGACUGUCUGUCUGCAUCUAGAGUGACGGUGUUAUGUCAGAUUAUGGAAAGGGGAGUGCAGUCUAAUCAAUACUUUCAGGGCUAAUCUCCAUGUGUCACCCCCAAUAGCUUGGUUAAAAACAGAUAAUCCCUUUUUGGAAAUUGGUCAAUUGGCCUUAGUAAAUGGCCCAGUGUUAUCCAAAGAUUUUUAAUUAAAAAAACAAACACAAAAACCAAACAAAAAAAGAAACGCUGCUGUUGACAUCAGUUUCCUUGGUGUUUUACAUUCUUUGCUGAGAAGUAUUUCAAAUAUUCUGGCAUGUAGCCCCUAUGAAAUAUCAUCAAUCCCUGUAUUUCUUUUUAAUCUAUCUAACUUUUGGUGCACUUUAGUUUCAACCUGAAAGAUGUCACCCCCUCUCGCCAGCCCCCAUUAUCUCACGGAGCAGUCACAGUACCCAUUAGGUAAUACGAGUAAACUUAUUCUUAGGUAUUUUGAAUUUGCAUCUAUAGUUUGUAAAUGCUGUCUCCAUUACUUCAGUCACAUGUGGGGCAGAAUGUCCCCUCAGUUGUUUGGCAGUUUAGAAAACCCAACAUGUGAUGGCUGUUUUUCCCUGUACUAACUUCCCAGUCCACUCUUUAUAUGGACACUGCAGACCCCUAAAGCAUUUCAGCUUCCUGUGUAAACACUGUGUCCUAUUUAAAAAAAAAAAAAAAAAAAAGUUUUUUUUCAAAUUUUACAAAAAGUGCAGAUUACAAUAGAAAUUGGCAAGUUUAUAAGGUAGCCUUGUUAUAUCCCUGGCUGUCAAUCAGACAACGGUUGCUGUUACUUCCUGGUUUGGCUAGCUCAGUGGAGCUAAAGUCAAGAGGCAAACAAUUGCCCACAGCACCUGCCUUGCAAAGACUUCUCAUUGAGCUGCAUUGGGAAGUCUGAUUGGACCACCACAGAAAGGCUGGGCGGGGUUAGAAGGGGAGGGCUUGCAAAGGUAGCAGACAAAAGGUCUAAAUGCAUAGUUAAAUGCAUGCAUUCAUGUUUCAUUGGAUAUAUUUACUAUAAAGGGAUUCUUUUUAUUUAUUUUUUAAUAUGGGCAGGGUAAUCCCUUUAAGUGACCAUAACAAACAUGAAUUCUUUUACUGUUAAUUCUUAAUUUAAAUUUAUUAUUAUUGCCCUUUAUAUAGCGCCAACAGAUUCCAUAGUGCUUUACAAUAUUAUGAGAGGGGGGAUUUAAAGGGAAACUCCAGUGCCAGGAAAAUAAUCAGUUUUCCUGGCACUGCAGGUACCCUCUCCCUCCCACCUCCCAUUCCAGGUAGCUGAAGGGGUGAAAACCCCUUCAGGUCACUUACCUGAGACCCAGCCGAUGUCCCUCGGCGGUGGUUUUCGGGUCGGCGUCGCUCCUCCCAGUAAUCGCGUCAGCGGGUGGGCGAGACUGAUCCCGCCUGCCGGCUGAGGAAACCUAAUGCGCAUGCGCGGCAAUGCCGCACACGCGCAUUAGGGCUCCCCAUAGGAAAGCAUUGAAAAAGAUUUUCAAUGUUUUCCUAUGGGAUAUUGAGCGACGCUGGAGGUUCUCACACAGCGUGAGGACAUCCAGCGACGCUCUAGCAAAGAAAAUCUUUGCUAUCAACUCGGAAGUGCCCACUAGAGGUGGAGUUAACCCUGCAAUGUAACUAUUGCAGUUUAUAAAAAACUGCAAUAAUUACAAUUGCAGGGUUAAGAGUAGUGGGAGUAGGCACCCAGACCACUCCAAUGAGCAGAAGUGGUCUGCGUGCCUGGAGUGUCCCUUUAACUAUAAAUAGGACAAUUACAAGAAACCUUAAAGGAACAAUAGGUUGAAGAGGACCCUGCUCAAACAAGCUUACAGUUUAUAGGAGGUCGGGUAUAAAACACAUUAGGACAGGAAAUGGCAACAAAUAAGGUGGGAGUGAAGCAGAGCUGGAGGAGAGAGUAAAGUGCUGCCGUUUAGCAAAGAGCAAGAGACAUGUAUGUGAGGUAGAGGCUACUCUGGGAGGCCAUAAGCUUUCCUAAAGAAAUGGGUUUUAAGGCACUUUUUAAACAAUUGAAGACUAGGGGAGAGUCUGAUGGCGGUAGGCAGGCUAUUCCAUAGGAAGGGAGCCGCCCACAAGAAGUCCUGCAAGCAUGAGUUGGCCGUACGGGUGCGAGCAGCGGACAGGAGAAGGUCACGGGCAGAGCGGAGAGAUCGAGAAGGGGCAUACCUAUGGAUCUGUGAAGAGAUAUAAGAGGGGCUAUAAUUGUUCAGUGCUUUAAAUGUAUGGGUUAGCACUCUGAAUUGGCUCCUAUAGGAUACAGGAAGCCAAUGUAAGGACUGACAGAGGGGUGAGGUGUGAAAGUACCGACUAGAGAGGAAAAUCAGUCUGGCGGUAGCAUUCGUUACAGGCUGGAUAAAAUAUGCGGAGAGAACCAGACAAUAAUAGUGUAGUAUUUUAAAACUGUAGUGGUGAUAGGUAAGAUAAAAGAUGUGCACUCACACUUUCCUGGAGCUUCAAUACAGCUCCAGUGUAUGCGCCUGGGUGGAAAAAUCCCCACCUAUGGAUCAAUUCUUCGAAUUAUAGGUGUGGUAGGGGGUAUCCUCAUAAAAAAUAAAUAAAAUAAAAAUCAUAUAUGUAGAGCUAUGUAGCAAGGGUAGGUAAAAACUAAAAAAUGUACACUCACGUGUAAUGGAGCCGUAAAACCUGGCUCCUCUGAUAGCGCUUGAAAUGGUAUGAUCCCCACUCAAGGAUACAGAUGUAAAUAUAAAUUCUUCUGUCCGUAUAUUUAUACCUGAAUCCUUGAGUGGGGAUCAUACCACUUCAAGCGCUAUCAGAGGAGCCAAGACAGCGCGCUUGCAAGGUUGGACUGAUGUGGAUACCACUAACUUGAAGGGAGAGCGAAAGAGGAGGAAUUGGUAUUAAGAGGAGGAAAGACAAGGAGCUCAAUUUUAGAGAGAUUGAGUUUCAGAAAGCGGGAGGACUUCCAGUUAGAGAUGGAAGAAAGGCAAGCAGUGACACCUUGCAGGACGGCAAGAGAGAGGUCCGGGGAGGAGAGAUAUAUCUGGGUGUCAUCAGCGUACAGGUGGUAGUGGAAUCCAAAUUAGGUAAUAAGUUUUCCAAGAGAGGCAGUAUAAAGAGAAAAUAGAAGAGGACCAAGGACAGAGCCUUGGGUGACUCCAACCGAGACAGCAGAGAGGUUUAUCAAACUAAACGGCUAGUAAAUAUAUUCAGUACAAAGUUUAAUUUAAUUCCAAGCACACCUAUUGAUACUAUUCAAUUUAUGGCAGCAACCUUGUCUGAACCGUGUAAGUUUCAGACAUGUAAAUCUUUAGUCUAUACAUUUGCUGGUAUUUUCACACCAUAUAGAUAUCCUCUUAAAAAAUGACAAAAUUAAUGGAAAAAUUGUUUUGCUUCACCUCAAUACAACUAGAGAUCUUUUAAACUUCUUAACCGCAGAAAAGGCUGAUUAGAAACACAGGCAUGGGUGACAAGAUCCCUAGGUCCAAAUAAUGCUCCAGAUUCCCACUUUCACUCCCAAAAACAAUGAAAUUCAAUGAUUAGCGCCCAAUUCCACCACCCAAUGUUUGUUGGAUUGGAAGGUAACAAUAACAGUCGAAUCAAGUAAUAGAUCAAGUUUUUAUAAUUUCAUUGUAUUCAUCAGAAAGUAUCUGUCAGUAAGCCCUUUUCUCUGUUUUACCUUUAUUCAAGUAGAAAUUCCCAGUGUAGUAUAAUUCAAGACAUAACUGCUUGAAUGAGGGCCCUCUGAAAGUGUACAUCAUUACUUACUGCUGCUCUAUUAAAGAACACUCCAAGUAUCACGGUUACUGUAGAGCACUGUAGUGGUUAUAGAGCCAGGAAUUAAUUGUAAGAACUCAAACUGUUUUAGAAUGGUUUCAGGCCACCAGGCCUCACCCCAGAUCUCUGUGCUGUCCAGGAGAGCCAAAAGCUCCUGAUAGACAGGGGUGUAUUUUUCACAGGGUUAACAAGGCAUUUGCCUUGGGCAGCACUUUCAGGGGGUGGCAAAAAACACUACCCCCAGGUGCUCUGGCAGAUGCCUUGUUAGCCUCUUUUAUGGGGAACCCAAGAGCCUGCCGACUAACCACCUCAGGGCCCUCCAAGGCGUUCAGCUGCUCACAUUGCAGAUGGCAAUGGCAAUGGCAAUGGAGCGCUGUCCUCUGAACUCUUCCUGCUCAGCUCCCUCGCAAUCCUCAGUGAUUCCGGGAACCGGAAUAUGACUUCACUCCAAGUCCCGGCAUCACUAAGCGGCGUGCAUUGUGUUUGUCAGUGUGUGUCUGUCAGUGAAUGUAUGUCACUGUAUGUGUAUCUUAGAAUGUGUACCUGUCAGUGAGUAGGAGUGUCAGUGUGUGUCUGUUAGUCAAACUGCGGGUUGGCCUUAAAUAGGAAGGGGCAGGGCAAAUGUAGAUUGGGGGAGGGGAAAGGGGGUGCCCGAGUUUCGUCUUGCCUAGGGCAACACAAAUCCAAAAUACAUUGCUGCUGCCUGGCCAGCUGAUCACUCUCAGCCAGUGAGCUAAGCACUCCACUGCUACAGGUAUUUCCAUACAGCUGAAAAUGUACCCAUUGCUUAGAUUUGCUUUAUAUUGAGAAUUGCCAUUCGCUACAGUAGCAACAUUUUAUAGAAAUACUCCAAGCACUAUAACCACUACAGCACUCUGUAGAGGUUAUGGUUCCAAGUCUGUCCUUGCUUCCCGAAUUUUGGAUCAGUUUGACCUCUUACCUGGGUUCCACCAAGCACAGCACCCUGCCUGCACUGCAGCCGGAAUCUCUCAGAGCUAAGCCCAUGGGUGCAGGCCCAGCUCAUGGCCCAGCUCAGGUGGUGAACUAACAGUGGGUAGUAAAAUACAGCUUAAACACUUUUAUCACAAUGAAUUAUAUGAAUAGGACAUCAAAAAAGCUGCUUUGGUGAUGCCAUCCAUAGCCCCCCCAUUAAACUUCAAUACAACCAUUGAAGUAUUUGGAGAUCAUCACUGAGCAAACCUUGACAUGUUCACUGCCCAUGAUGACUGUUGAGUGAUGCAUUCUGAUUGGUUUGCUGUAAAGCAAUUAACCUGGUUGUGAGUGUGAACAAUGACAUCUGUCUUUUUCAUUAUGUUGCCUUUUGCAUUGCCAGCAUCAUGGGAUACUAGAAGAAUCACAUUGUGUCAGACUGUACCUUCACAGUAACUGUUAUAAUGUUAAAAUUUAAAUCUGAUUGGUGUCAAUUCGUUAAACAAUGACGUUUUGCAAUAGGCGCAAUUUGGUGGCCAUGGUCCCAUUGUGAAUAUUGAAGAAUAGAUUAACUGUGGGGGAAAAAUAGGACCAAGUGGCUGUUUUAAAAUAUUUUUUUAAAUGUCAGAUAUUUUGUCCAACACUAAAAUUCUAUUCAUUGCUGCCCAGAAAUAAGCCAUAAACUUGCAAAGAUUACAAAACCAAUGUCACAUUACAGGGCUGCCAGAAUAUUGACCUUGCCCCUUUAAUUACCUGUGACCACAUAUGCUAUAGUUAUCACAGAUUCGUAAGUGAAUACCCCCAAAAAGGUUGUCAUAGCUGUUAAGGGAAAAGCAGUGUUUUAAUAAGAUAUUAAAGUCCUCGGUUCAUUUUUGUUUAUGUAUUUUCACCCUCUGGCAGCUGAAGUUAUACUGUGUUUAUCAAAAUUGUCAACUUAUUUUUUCCCAAACUCAUAAAGAUAUGAUUAACGAACAGCGACUUUUUAUGUAAUUUUAAAUAAAAUGAACACUACAUGUAAUGCAGGCUAUGGCCUUGCAACCUGUACAAGCCAAUUCAAUUAAGAUAAGCCAAACCUUUUGUGUUCCAUCAUCAGGCUGGGCUGAUAAUCUCUAGUAAUAUCACAAAGCUACAUAUAUAUUACAUUCAGUCUUUUGCUGUAAUCUUUACGUUUACAUUCCUGUAUCUUGCACUUUAAUUUUGCAGGUCUUCUUUGAUAUAAGGAUUGGAGAGCGGAAUGCUGGAAGAAUUGUUAUUGGUUUAUUUGGGAAAGUUGUCCCUAAAACUGUAGAAAACUUUAUUACCCUGGCAACUGGUGAAGUAAGUAUGCCAACUCGUUUCCUGUUAUGUUGUGCAAUCUUCACAUCAUGCUUCCAUAAUUGGAAGAAUGUUGGAUCUGUCUAUAAAAUAAAAAUCAGUUUGUGGCACUAUAUUCAAAUAAGUUAUUCUAAUUUGCAUAUAUUUCAUAAUUGUUUCAGAAAACACAUGCCGUUGUAUGUAUAAAUCUUGGCAAGGAUCUUGUAUACUCCCAAGUACCUUUUAGCGCUGUUUUAUAAAUAGAUUUUACAAACAUAUUUAAUGCAUUGUUUUUUUACAGAUUUAGAUCAAUGGUAAAAAUUGUAAAUGAAAAGCAAAAUGUAUAAAAAAAAUAAAAUAAAGCUUGCUGUAGUGGUUAUGGUGACAGGAGUGCCCAGAACAGUUAAACUUCUUAUCUUUUCUUUACCAGGCAUUAAUUAUGGCAACAAUUAUGUAGUGUGGCAGUGCCCCUAUGGACAGGUCACAUCUGUUCUGCUUGUUGUAGUAUUCUAACCGUUCUAAAAUGAAAUAUCCUUUAGGUGUCAGGAUUGUAGUAAGAGCUUCUGGCUAUGAAUUUAGGUGCCAGGACUGAUAUUUGAAACAUAGCCUGCUGGCUAAAUAACAUGAAACUACCUGUUACUCUAUUGCUGAAUGUAUGACCAUGACAAAUGAUGAAAUUCUUUGUCUGACCUCUCGAGGGAAUUUCACAACACGUGGCAAAUUCCCCUUCCCCCACAAAAAUCGGACAUUAGAAAUGAAGGCACUCUUAACGAUUCAGUGACACCUUGUUAAUACAAGUUAAAAGCUGACCGCAACUGCAAAAUAACAGAACUAGUAAAUAUUUUCCUGAAAAGAGAAAAGUAAACAUAGAUAUCUUUCUGUCUUAUAUUAGUAAGAUUGAAACACGUCUAAAUUUCUUAAACAGAAAAUAGAGCAGUUCUAAGCUGCAGUACUGGCAAGUAAACCAUAUACUUGAAUAUGAGAUGGAACAAAAAGUUUGAGCAAAACCAAUUUGUUCUGGUUGAAUCCCCCUCUCUCACUUAAAGUGGCAUUUAUUAGGGGAUCUCAAUGAUUAUGUCCCCUGUUCAUCCACCUUUUGUUUGGUUGGGUAGAGGGUAUUAAAAAGACCAGGGCCUGAUGACUGGCCCAAUUAACCUGUGGAGUGGAGGGAUCUAAAAUCUCUGGCUCCCCAAACAUCGAUGGCCUACAGCUUCAUGGAUGCUUUGUAUCCAAUAGAUAGCUAGAGAAUCAUGGGAGUUGUCAAUAUCUUGGGGUCCUGAAUUUGUGAUGCAUGAUUUAGGGAGUUAUAGGAAUGCUUGGGCUGCAGGCGUGUGCUCAUAGGCAUGCGCACGGGGUGUGCCAGGUGUGCCUGGGCACACCCUAAUCCCCGUGGCACGCCUAUGGUUUGAGUCCUGCAGGAACAGCGUUCCUGCACUUUUUUUUUGAGCAGGAACACUGUUCCUGCAGGCACUCAGCACCCCCUGUCUCACCUCUUGCCCCUGUCAUGGUGGGGGGGGGGCAAUAGGUGAUGGAUCCCCCCCUCUCCAUCUCAGCCGCGGCGAGGGAGUGAGAGAGGAAGCAGAGAGCAGACAGCUCCCUCGCCGCGGCUGAGAUGCAGACAGGCGCCCGCCCCACUGGACCCCAGGGACAAGUCCACGCCAGCACUCCAGGUAGGGAGGCUGGGUGGACAUUUUUUUAUUAAAAUAUAAUAAUUUGUAUGUGUGUGAGUGUGUGUCUGUGAGUGUGUGUGUAUGUGUCUGUGAAUGUGUGUGUCUGUGUGUGAGUGUGUGUCUGUGAAUGUAUGUGUGAGUGUGUGUCUGUGAAUGUGUUUGUGUGUGUCUGUGAGUGUGUGAGUGUGUGUGUGUGUGUGUGUGUGUCUGAAUGUGUCUGUGAGUGUGUGUGUUUGUACGUAUAUGUGUAUAUAUAUAUAUAUAUAUAUACACACACACACACACACACACGUGUAUAUUAUAUUUUUUGGGGGGUGGGAAUCUUGGGAGAGUUCCCACACAGUAUUCCACAGGACUUGCCGGCUCUACUCUAAGCCUCCAUGGGCCGGCGGGGAGACCAAAGAUCUACCUCACCGGCCCACAGCAGCAUGGAGGGAGGCAGGAGAGGACCCAGGGAGCUCUAGACAGAAGCUCCGCCAGGUUCCUCUCGCGAUAUCUGAGCGUUGCCGCGGCAAUGCUCAGAUCUCGCGAGAGUUAACUCUAGCCCUGCAGGCUAGAGUUCACUCUCCACUGGACCACCAGGGAUGGCGUAUGGCAGCAAGGAUUUACUAAUCUGCCCCCACCUCCACAAUCCCUCCAAACAUACAGCACACACACAUACAGCUCACACACAGCACGCUCACACACACACAGUAAACUAACCACACCCUCACAAACACACACAGCACCUUUCAAAAAAAACAACACCCUCACACACAGCACACUAACAGCACCCUCACAAACACACACACACACAAACAGCACACUCACAAAUACACAACACUUAUACAAACAGUACCCUCACAGGACAAACACACACACACAAACACCCUCACACACAAACAGCACAGUCACAAACACACACACACACACACACACAAAUACCCUCACACUGCACACUAACAGCACACACAGCAGUGUAUGUGUGUGUGUGUAUAUAUAUAUAUAUAUAUAUAUAUAUAUAUAUAUAUAUAUAUAUACACACACACACACACACACACACACACACAUAUACAUGCGGCGUGUGUUUGUGCUUUAGGGUGCACACCCUAAUGCAAUAGGCUGCGCACGCCUAUGCGUGUGCUGACAACAUCAUUGUGUGCUCUAGCUAAUCAACAGCAUGGUUUCCAUUAUGCGACUGUAGCUAGGAAAACUUCUUUGUUUGGGUUUUUGUUUUGCGUAUGUGAAUACUAGUUUUCCACUGUGGGAAGCGUUACCAGUCACCAGAGCAGCCUGUAUUUGUCACACUAAAACAUGGAGGCUUCAUACAGGGGGUUAAAAUGGAAUGCAUCUAAUGAUAAAAGUAGGAAAAAGUAAAUGACUAAUACAGACAUGCAUCAAACGUGUUUCUAUGAGAGAAACCAACUAACGUUUAAAUGCUUAGUGUCUCUCUUUUAAUAUAGCUGUGAUAACGUUUUUUUUCUUCAUUUUCCAUUAGAAAGGAUAUGGCUACAAAGGGAGUAAGUUUCACAGGGUGAUUAAAGAUUUUAUGAUUCAAGGAGGAGAUUUCACAAAGGGAGAUGGGACUGGAGGUAAACUGCCUGUUUAAUGUUUUCAAGCCUAUACUGUACAGUAUAACAUCACACUGAAGAAUGAAAUGUGGUAUUUACAGUUUUAUGUGACAUUGUGAAUUGCAGGGUCCCCAAAUCUUAGCAUGUUAUUGGUACAUACAUGUGGAGUCACACACCAGGGCUCCAGACAGAGAUCCUGUCACUAAUUAUGCCCCCCCCUUUACAGAUAUACCAGGCACAGUACUUGUUGGGAGUAAGACAGUCAGGGUUAUUCAGAGUAACUGCAACUGAAAAAGUCAGUUAUGCUUCCAGUUUGGUUACUUUGGCCUUACAUUUGAAAUUCACUUUGAAUUCUCUCUUUAGUGAAUAACCUUGAGUAUCUCACACACCCAGCAGCAUGCAUUGCCUGUACUAAUGAACAGAAAUAAUGACAAAAGUGUAGCUCCUGUCAAUCUGAGGGUGACCAUAAAAGAGCCCACAUGAAAAUUGCACGUAUAAAAAACCCCACGGUCAUAAAUGCCCACACUGAAUAUGCACAUAUAGUCAUUUUCCCAUUUAUGAGCAAGAAUAGGUAUAUUACCUACAUUUUAUUUUGUGAUCAAUAUUUUAGGAUUAAAAUAUCUCAUAUUCAUAUGCAACAAUUUGCAUUGUGAUUUUAUAAUGUAUAAUUUAAAAAACAAUUUUAAUUUUAAAAUUUAAAAAAAAAUUAAUUUUAAAUGUUAUAAGUAUACUAAUUCACUACUAAACAAAAUGUGGUCUGGGUAUGUAGAGGGCCUAAACCCCUUAAGGACAGAGACAAUUGUACAAGUUCUGAUUAAAACAAAACCUGGAAUUUGAGCUAUAUACAGGGAGUGCAGAAUUAUUAGGCAAGUUGUAUUUUUGAGGAUUAAUUUUAUUAUUGAACAACAACCAUCUUCUCAAUGAACCCAAAAAACUCAUUAAUAUCAAAUCUGAAUAUUUUUGGAAGUAGUUUUUAGUUUGUUUUUAGUUAUAGCUAUGUUAGGGGGAUAUCUGUGUGUGCAGGUGACUAUUACUGUGCAUAAUUAUUAGGCAACUUAACAAAAAACAAAUAUAUACCCAUUUCAAUUAUUUAUUAUUACCAGUGAAACCAAUAUAACAUCUCAACAUUCACAAAUAUACAUUUCUGACAUUCAAAAACAAAACAAAAACAAAUCAGUGACCAAUAUAGCCACCUUUCUUUGCAAGGACACUCAAAAGCCUGCCAUCCAUGGAUUCUGUCAGUGUUUUGAUCUGUUCACCAUCAACAUUGCGUGCAGCAGCAACCACAGCCUCCCAGACACUGUUCAGAGAGGUGUACUGUUUUCCCUCCUUGUAAAUCUCACAUUUGAUGAUGGACCACAGGUUCUUAAUGGGGUUCAGAUCAGGUGAACAAGGAGGCCAUGUCAUUAGAUUUUCUUCUUUUAUACCCUUUCUUGCCAGCCACGCUGUGGAGUACUUGGACGCGUGUGAUGGAGCAUUGUCCUGCAUGAAAAUCAUGUUUUUCUUGAAGGAUGCAGACUUCUUCCUGUACCACUGCUUGAAGAAGGUGUCUUCCAGGAACUGGCAGUAGGACUGGGAGUUGAGCUUGACUCCAUCCUCAACCCGAAAAGGCCCCACAAGCUCAUCUUUGAUGAUACCAGCCCAAACCAGUACUCCACCUCCACCUUGCUGGCGUCUGAGUCGGACUGGAGCUCUCUGCCCUUUACCAAUCCAGCCACAGGCCCAUCCAUCUGGCCCAUCAAGACUCACUCUCAUUUCAUCAGUCCAUAAAACCUUAGAAAAAUCAGUCUUGAGAUAUUUCUUGGCCCAGUCUUGACGUUUCAGCUUGUGUGUCUUGUUCAGUGGUGGUCGUCUUUCAGCCUUUCUUACCUUGGCCAUGUCUCUGAGUAUUGCACACCUUGUGCUUUUGGGCACUCCAGUGAUGUUGCAGCUCUGAAAUAUGGCCAAACUGGUGGCAAGUGGCAUCGUGGCAGCUGCACGCUUGACUUUUCUCAGUUCAUGGGCAGUUAUUUUGCGCCUUGGUUUUUCCACACGCUUCUUGCGACCCUGUUGACUAUUUUGAAUGAAACGCUUGAUUGUUCGAUGAUCACGCUUCAGAAGCUUUGCAAUUUUAAGAGUGCUGCAUCCCUCUGCAAGAUAUCUCACUAUUUUUGACUUUUCUGAGCCUGUCAAGUCCUUCUUUUGACCCAUUUUGCCAAAGGAAAGGAAGUUGCCUAAUAAUUAUGCACACCUGAUAUAGGGUGUUGAUGUCAUUAGACCACACCCCUUCUCAUUACAGAGAUGCACAUCACCUAAUAUGCUUAAUUGGUAGUAGGCUUUCGAGCCUAUACAGCUUGGAGUAAGACAACAUGCAUAAAGAGGAUGAUGUGGUCAAAAUACUCAUUUGCUUAAUAAUUCUGCACUCCCUGUAUGUAUGUUCAACCAUAAUUUACCUCUUUUAUAUUAUGUGUACCCACACUUAUUAUAUAUAAUUUUUUUCAGUAGAAAAAAGGCUUUCAUUUAUAUGGGGUACCAUUGUACUCAUGAAAUAUUGCCGAACACAUGAGUGUUUUUAAAACAGUAAAAUGUAUAAUGACAAUGAUAUCAUCAGUGAAGCUGCAGUUUUUUUGUGAAAAAUGCAAAAUAAAACAAAUCUGAACACUAAGUUUGACCAGGGUUUGUGACUGAGUGUCUCCUAACAAAGACUGGACAUACCUUAUUAUUUUGAAUGCCCUGGGUUGCAAACGUUUGCAACUGGUAUGUCAAAUAGCGCUAAUUCCCAUUCCUGGGCUACCAUACGGUCUCAAAGGCAAUAUAGGCCCAGAAAACAAAUCUGGCAAAUUUCAAUGUGCAGGCUCUUUAUUUGACCAUGUAACUUUCCAAAACACAAUGAAACCUGUACAUAGGGGGCAUCGUUGUUCCCGUGGGACCUCACAGCAAACAAAUGUCUUUGAAUGUCAAACUACUCUCUCCUUUUACUGAAUUAUAGUUAAAAUGCCAUGCAGCAGUUGAAAACUAGCCAAAGUUCUUACUAUCUCACACUUUUUUAGAUUUUAUUCAAAUUAAAUUAUAUAUAAUAUAUAAAUGUUUCUCCUGAAAAAUAUAUAUAUAAUAAGUACUGAUAAACUUGAAAAAAAUUAUGGACAUAUAUAGCUCAAAUUCUAGGUUUUGUUUUGGUCAGAACUUGUACAAUUGCCUCUGUCCUUAAGGGGUUAUAGCCCUCUACACACACAGGCCACAUUUUGUUUAGCAGUGAAUUAGUUUACUUAUAACAUGGCAAAAUCAUUAUUUAAUUAUACAUUAUAAAAUCACAAUGCAAAUUGUUGCAUAUGAAUGAUAUAUUGUAAUCAUAAGAUAUCGAUAACAAAAUAAAAUGUAGGUAAUAUACCUAUUCAUGCUCAUAAAUGGGAAAAUUACUAUAUGUGCAUAUUAUUCAGUCUGGGCAUUUUUCUUGUGGGCAUUUAUGACCAUGGGUUUUUUCUGUGUGCAAUUUUCAUGUGGGCUUUUUUCAUAGAACCCAAUCUGAAACAUGUAUAUACAUGUAUAUACAUCUGUAUAUGUGUUGCAUCAGAUGGAAUGGCAGGGUGAAGGCAAUCUCUAGCACUCAAACUUAGAAAAGCAUUUCAUUUAUUUUUUUAGGACUUCUGCAUCAUAUUAAUCUCAUUGUACAUCUAGUCCUUUGGCCAUAAUGCUGUACACAACACAUGGAGUGACGAAGGUUGCCUAUCCCUGGUGCAGACAGUCAUAAUAAAACAUGCCUUUCUUAACACUUGUCAUGAAAGAUGAAACGUAUGUCCUGGGAAUAUGUUUUAUGUUUACAGGGUACAGCAUUUAUGGAGAGUCUUUCCCAGAUGAGAAUUUCAAGCUGAAUCAUUAUGGUAUUGGUUGGGUGAGCAUGGCAAAUGCAGGGCCAGAUUCCAAUGGCUCACAAUUUUUCAUCGCCACAACAAGACCUCUGUGGCUAAAUGGAAAGCAUGUGGUAUUUGGGAAAGUUCUGGAAGGCAUGGUGAGUAUUUGAUUACUGUUCAUUGGAUAUUCAUGAGACUUAAGCAUGACCAAAUGGUAUUCUCCCAGAUUUAGAGCAAUAAACAUGUAGUGUUUGUACAGCCUCAAGGUGAUACUCUGUGUAAACCUAAACAACUUUAGCUUAACACCCUUCUCUCUCCCCAACCCUUUAAUAAAGCAUUUUCAGUGUAUACAUGUCCCUGUAGUGUUACUAUUCAAUUCUCUGCCAUUUAGGAGUUUUUUUUGUUUUGUUUUUUUUUUACAAUCCUUAUUUAUACAAGACUUCAAAAGAACAAUACAAGAAGUCUAUGAUCAGAAGGUUCAAAUGGUGACAAAACACAUAAUACAUAAGGCAAAUAUGCAUGCCAGGAAAUUAGCUAGAGAAUGAUCAUUUCAAAUACAAUCUACCUCAAACUAAACCAAGAAAAACAGAGAGGUAAGUAGGUAAAUGGAAGGAAAGAAGGAAGUGGAGAGGUAGGGGGAAGAAGAGAGGAAAAAAAUGGGGGUAAUAAAAAAUUAGUAAACAAAAUCACCUGGAGUGAGCAAAGGCUUCAUUAAACUCUGAAACAAGAACAAAGGCCAUUAUACAUCAGUUCAUCUCAUCGUAAGGUAGAGCAGUCAUGGGUACCCUAACUCAUUGUAUAUUAUCUUGUGUAUUUUUGAGGGAAGUAGUCCACACAUCCAUUGUUCUAAUUUCUUUCACCUUAUCCAUCCACUGGCUGAGGGUCAUGGCAACUAGCCGCCACCAGAGGAGAGGGAUAAGCUUUAUUAAAGGGCGGCGUCUGGUAUUUUGGUCUCACAAUGUCUCGCAUAGUCCCUGAAACCCUAAAAUAGUUAAUCCUUUGAGUGUAAAGAGUCUGCUACUUCAGGGUUAUGAGCCAGUGUUGUGAUUAAGAGCUAACCUCUAUCCUGGGCAUAAACAGAACUAACUUCAAACCAAACUAUUUAUUUUUUAUGUUGCAGCCAACAUAUUAUGAUUUAAUCUAAUUGUUUAUUCAGCCUUAAAGGGACGCUACAGUCACCCAGACCACUUCAGCUCAUUGACAACUUUGUAUUCCUAACACUAUAGAUUCCCUUUAAUCACACCUUGACUGUGACUUGUGUAGCUUGCAUAAACAAAUUCAAACCAAACUUACAGCACUGUGUGUUUAUUAAGAGGUUUCCUAUCUCCUGCUCUGUUAAGGGGACUUUAAUCACACACACACAUGGCUGCUACCAGCUCUAAGCAGACAAUUAACAGAUAUGGUGAUAAGAAAUUCUAAACCAUACACAUUGUGCAUUGCUAAAAUCCUUUGAGUCCGUUUACAGGAAGUGUAAUAGAGGAAAAAAGAAUGGCUAGGACUGCCUAAACACUGAUUUAACUCCUAGAUUCCAGAUAAUGUAGUGAUACUGCAGAAACAUGAGCUAUCCACCAAAACUACUUUAUUAAGCUAAUAUCAAGCUCAACUCUGAUAGAUUGUUUAGUUGAUUGGUAUUAUACUUUAGAUUUUUUCAUGUUUCUCCCGAUUCAGGUAGUUUCUCUCCACAGCUGCUUGGUACCUCCGAAGACUACUGCCCACUUUGUUAUUUCAGGAGGGGAGGAGUAUAGGUUGGGGGUGCCAUCGAAGGCACAAGCAGCCAGUAUAGGUAUUUCCCCCCCUUCGUUCUGUAUAGGCGUAGCACCACAUUGGUUUAGUUUACCUAGAUCGUUGGUCCGCAGCUGUAAGAAUGGAGUGUUAGGUAAGACGGUAAGCUCCAGUCUGUACCGUGCAUACUACUUUGUUGCUACUCUUGCCAAUUAAUGAAGUGAAAUUCUCCUUCACCUUAUCACUGCUGUUUCUUUUCAUUGUUACUUUGUUUACUAUUCAAUUAUACAGCCAGUGUAAAUCACAUUGUAGCAACAUCAAGGAGAUUUUUUUUACAGAUUAUUGGUUCUGGAUGAACAUUUGUUUGUGUGUGUGUGUGUGUGUGUGUGUGUGUGUGUGUGUGUGUGUGUGUGUGUGUGUGUGUGUAUGUAUGUAUGUAUAUAUAUAUAUAUAUAUAUAUAUAUAUUUAUUCGGUUUUAAUCUACACUAAUAAAAGUUGUUUUAUUUUACUCUUGGGAUGUAUUUAGCAAAUAUUUACGUCCAAGUAGUCUUUCUAAAGUGGAUAAUCUUUAAGCAAAUACUCAAUGUCUGAUAUUUAUACACUUUGAAGACCAACUCUAGUUGCUAUUAAGACUGCCCCCAGAGAAUGUAUUAAGCAAUACAUAAAAUACAUGAUUGCUUCUGUGUCCCCAUUCUGGUUAUGGUACACUUGAUUAGUAAUAUUCAGGGAGUAAUUAUGUUAUUGCUUUCUACAGGCCAUAGUUCAUUCAAUAGAACUUCAACAAACGGAUAAACGAGAUCGUCCUUUACAAGACUGUGUGAUUGUGAACAGUGGCAAAACUGAUGUCAAGAAACCAUUUGUAGUUGAAAUAGAAGACUGGCGAGAUUGAAAAGAUUAAUAACUUUAUGACAAUAAAUGUAAAUAUGUAUACCACAACCUAUUUGGAUUUUUUUGUUUAAAAAUAAAUAAAUAAAACAUACGUUGUUUUUGUG